AUGAAGGCACCCUACUUCCUGGCAUGUUGCCUGUCUAUCGUUGUAUCGGCCUCCAUUGAUGAUCAAACUGGCGCAAACAUCGACUAUGGUACUUUCUCAAAUCCAUCUUCUGUUGUGCGGCCGCGCUUUCGCUAUUGGCUCCCGGACGCUGGUGUCGAUAAGGAUAUCGUGAAAGAAAACAUCCAGUCUGUAGGCACCAUCGGCGCUGGAGGUGUCGAAUUCCUUCCCUUCUAUGGAUAUGGAGGAGAGACAAUGGGGGCUCCCGUGGGUGUGAACUGGUCCACGAAUGGAUUUGGCACCCCUGCUUUCAAUGAUAUGUUCGAAGUAGCCUUGACAGCGCACAAGGAAGCUGGACUGAAAAUGGAUUUCCCAUUGGGGCCGAACCAAGGCCAGGGUGUUCCUGCAAGUACGGAUAAUGAAGGACUGCAGUGGGACUUGGCGCCCUUCUCAAUUCAAGUUCCUUCCAAUGGCUCAUUCGAUGGCUUGAUUCCCGAGUGGGGCUAUGGCGAAUUAGUCGCACUUGUAUCGGCUCGGGUUCUAUCAUCCACUGAACGAUCGAGACCAUCUGCUUCAUGGAAUGGCCAAGUCACUAAUACUACAUGGUCGGAAUUGGUACUAGAGACCAGCAGCCUCAUCGAUAUUACCUCAAACGUAUCUGCAAACGGAAUCGCACAACUGUCUUUCCCGGCGGAGGCGGACGACACUCAUUAUCGAUUGUUUGCCUUUUACCAGAAGUUGACAUUGCACAAGAACUUGCAUUUUGAAACGAAUCGAACAAUAAACAUUUGGGACAACGGCUCUUAUGCGGUCGAUCAUUUCAGCGCAAAGGGUGCAAAAGUGUUGACAGAUUUCUGGGAGGAAUAUAUCUUAACGGAUAACAUCAGAAGUCUAAUAUCCGAAGUUGGAAACUAUGCUUGGGAAGAUAGUGUUGAAGCACUGUCCAACAUUUCAUGGACGCCUUCAUUACCUGAGGACUUCCUCCAAAAGCAUGGUUACAGCAUCAAACCAUUCUUGCCCCUACUUAUCUUUGAAAACAACAAUCUUGCGCUUCAGACGUCAGACCCUGGCAAAUUUGAUUGUUCGCUAAAUAGCGAAGACCGAGGUGCAGGCUACGUCAACGAUUAUCGGAAUGUUCUUGCUGAUAAGUAUCAUGAGUACUUGUCUGGAGUUACUUCGUGGGUCAACAACGUUCUCGGCAUCCAAUACAGCGCGCAGACAAGUUACAACCUGCCAAUGGACAUGCUCAACUCUAUCCCCUAUGUUAAUGCGCCUGAGUGCGAGUCAUUGAAUUUCAAAAACAACCUCGAUGCCUACAGAGAGUUUACCGGCGUCGCAAAUUUGGUGGGCAAAAGAGUGAUCUCCAACGAGAUGGGCGCAGAAGGUGCUCAAGCGUUCCGAUACACGAUUCCUGCGCUGCUGAACUCCAUUCACACCGCAUUCGCUGCGGGCAUUAAUCAAGUCGUCCUGCACGGACAGCAGUAUACUGGAGACUACCCAAACACGACUUGGCCGGGAUACAAUUCGUUCAACUACUUCGUCUCCGAAAUGUACUCUGACAAACAGCCAGCGUGGGAACACGGGUUCGAUGACGCGCUUAACUACGUAGCGAGGCUUCAGCAUGCUCUACAGCAGGGAGUGCCACGCACGGAUCUUGUGGUCCUGGACAAGCAGUCGUUCACCAACCCCAAUUUCGAUAGCGUUGUCUAUAAUGAGACUGUUCUCAAAUCACUCGGUUGGACAUACAACUAUGUAUCGCCGGACAACUUCGCACUUCCGCAGUCUUACGUUCAAAAUGGUGUGUUGGGCCCUGAAGGUCCCGCAUGGAAAGCCUUGAUCGUGGAAAGUACACAGAAUCUAACAUCCGAAUGGGUAAACACAAUCAAGAGCUACGCACAAGCAGGCCUACCAACUAUUCUCGUCGAUGGAACUCCCGGAUUCUAUCCAUCUCGAGGUGGCUCAGAGGAGGCCGAAUUCAUCUCUUCUUUGAACGAGCUAAUCAACACCACGAAUGUCCUCAGUGCAUCGAAAGCGACAGUCGCGAAAGAGCUUAAAAACCUCGGGUUGCAUCCACAUGUCGCGACUGAACUGAACGGAACGGUCUAUAGCACCUGGCGCGAGGACCUAUCUACUAGCAUCGACUACGCAUUCAUUUACGCCAAAGGCAACGCUGCAUUUGGAAACGUUACGAUCCGCACCAUAAAGAUACCGUAUCACUUUGAUGCAUGGACAGGCGACAAGACUUUGAUCCGGCACUAUGAAAAUACUGAACGUGGGAUCGUUAUACCUUUGAAUAUUGCAGCAAACGAUACUAGAAUUAUCGCCUUCAGCGACAAGGCACUCGACGACGGAUACGCACCGAAAUGCUCGAUCUGUUCUUUGCCACCGAACGCACUUGGUUACAGCAGUUCGAGUCCAUCGUCCAUCACAUUACAUCUGUCCGCGUCGGAAACACCAGAGAACGCUGUACUGUCAGAUGGGACCAAUGUCACGAUCCAGAAUCAGGGCGUAGCUAAAGCAUUCACGCUUAGCAACUGGACACUCGUAGCUGAGCACUGGGAAGCACCAUCAAAUAUCUCCAACGCAGCCGUUCUUGCGGCGAAGCGCAAUACCACACAUUCACUAGAUGCCCUAGUAUCAUGGCUGGACAUUCCCGCAUUGACCAACAGCUCAGGUCUCGGAUUCUACACAUCCACAUUUACCUGGCCACCGAAGCAAAGUGAUAAAACGUCGGGCGCAUACAUCGCAUUGCCCCAUAUUCAACACACAGCUAAGCUUUAUGUUAACGGCAAGAAAACGCCAGCGAUCAACAUGUUCAACCCCACGAUAGAUGUAUCAAAGUAUCUUCAGGAUGGCGUCAACGAGGUGUUGAUUGUUGUGCCUACGACGAUGUGGAACUAUAUUCGUUCAAUAUUGGGAGAGAUCUGGAACUCGGGCAAGGCGCCGCUGAUACGAACGCUCUGGGAUGCGUGGGGUCCUGCGCUGGGAUUGUCAGACAAUGGGUUGAUUGGGGAGGUCCGAGUGAUACCGUAUUCAGCAGAGAAAGUGGAAUGUAGGUCUGGCUAG